CAUUUGAAGACUGGAGUUAUGCAUAUUCUACACAAUAAAAUGCAAUAUUGAUUGUCUUUAUCCUGUCUGUUUGUUGGUAUAUCCAUCGUUUAUCAGGGUGAUACCUUUUGCCAACAUGAUGAUUUACACGAAUUCAAAUUCGAAAACCAUGUAACUUUGUGCACCACGCCUACUUCUGUAGGCGGGGGUAGUAGUGUAGUUGUUUCACUUGGCAUCCACACAUGCCAAUCAUUAUUCUACCCUCAUUACGAUUCGCUCUGAGGUAUGUUUCCAAACGCGCGGAAGUUGUCGGUUGAAAGGGACGCUAACUUCAAGAAGGAUCAUUUAUUUUUGUUAGAAGCCAGCUAUUUCUGAUAUAAAACGAAUUUUAUUUACAGUAGAUGUCGUGAAACAGCAACUUGCAAGGAUGGCUUGUGCAUUCCAAGUUCAAGUUUCUGACAGCUAGCCAGUUAGCAGUAUUUUAGCUAACUGGCUAACUACUUUUAAUGGCGUGUUCUUUGAUCUACUAAUGCAAUACUGUAGAUAUAGACAAUGUUCACCAAUCUCUGUUGGAUAGCUAGUACUAUUAUGUUAAAAAGUUAAACAGUAGCGUGUCGUCCAGAGUUUUCUUGUCGAUUACAUUAGCUGUUAGCAUUACUGCAUGCAUCCCAGCUUUUGUUGUGAUCUUGGCAGUGUGCUAGCUAGAUAGUUAGCCAAUUGAACUUAUCUGUGGGAGUUCCUAAAGUUAGACGGCGGAAAUCUGCUAAUGUUACACCUUGAACGAUUUACUGUACAGUAUUUGUGUUUUGGUACAAGUCAUCGCCAGUUAAUUGGCCGAUCAACUGGAUAACUAACAUCUAUAUCAACACGUUUGGAAGUCAAACUUGAAGAAUUACCGAUACCAUAAUGACACAGUUAAGUUAUGUUGUUGACAUGAUGUAGAGUCCCUACAAGACUUUCCUUCAUGCUCUCCACUUUACAGUAUGUAACCUACGUCUCCAACUCGUGGGUUCGAUCCUCUGGCGUCCAUACAGUGACCUGCUUUUCCGUGUUUCUCAGGCUCACAGGAUGUUGGGGGAGUGCGGUAUGAAAGAACGGGAAAAGCAGGUGCUGAAGAAGCGCUCCGUUGCGCUCUGCAAAGAGAUGGUUGUGGACGAGUUACUCGUUCAGUUCCUUCAGGCAGAAAACAUUCUUACUGAAAACAUGGCAGAAAGUAUUCUGGGUAAAGAGACGUCCCAAAAGCGAAGCUGGCAUUUGCUGUCCAUCCUGCCCAAGCGAGGACCAAGAGCCUUCAGCUGUUUUUGCACAGCUCUCAGGGAAACGGAGCAGGAUCACCUGUACGAGCUCCUCACAAGCUGCCCAGAGAAAGAGAGGUGCUUUGAGACCCGCUUGCCUCUUCCUGUUCAGGAGUGCCCAGUGCCUGCCAAGAGGGCCAGACCUAAUGAUUCCAUGGAAACGUGUCUGGAUGCCGACUGCCCUGUUAACACAGUCUUACAGCCAUGCACACCGGAGUUCUAUGACUCCCACUGCCAACAGGCGUACAGAAUGCAGUCCUCGCCCAGAGGGCUGGCCCUGGUACUUAGCAACGUGACCUUUGACCCGUCUGUGUCUGAUUUUGAGACGCGGCGGGGAGGCGAGGUGGAUGAGGAGGUGCUGACAAAGCUCUUUGAGGAGCUGAACUUCCGUGUGGACAUCCGCAAGGACCUCACCGCGCAGCUGGACUGGGUGUUCGAGGCCUUCAAUAACGCCCACUGCCCCCAGCUGCAGAACAAACCAAAGAUGUUUUUCAUCCAAGCCUGCAGAGGAGAGGAGAUGGACAACGGUGUGGACCAAUUGGAUGGCUCUGAGCGAACCCAGUCGCCGGGCUGUGAGCAGAGGGAUGCUGGGAGAGACGAAGAAAGCGAACGACAGAACAGAGAGAGAGAGGAGAGGGAACGAGAGAGACUCCGGAUCAAGCUUCCCCAGCGCUCCGACAUGAUCUGCGGCUUUGCCACUCUCAAAGGUUGGGGCACGGCGGCCAUGCGUAACACUAAGAAAGGAUCCUGGUACAUUCAGGAGCUCAACACAACCAUCAGACAGAGCGCCAGAGACACACACCUGUCUGACAUCAUGGUGCAGGUGAAUGGCCGUAUAAAGGAGAGAGAAGGUUAUGCUCCAGGCUCAGCUCACCAUCGCUGCAAAGAGAUGUCAGAGUUCACCAGCUCGCUUUGCAAAGAUCUGUUCCUCUUCCCCAAGUACUGCCCACCCAGCUGAACUCUCUCUCUCACACACACACACACACCACAUUCCAGAGCCAUUUGCCUCCCACACACACUCCUUAUGCAAUGCCAUUCAUUCAGUUUUUCCAUCUAGACAUUCCACGAUACACUCAUCCAGAUUCAAGACCAACAGAAGUUUCAUUCAUGAAUGCUUUUUGCUGUGCCAAAAUUCUCACACACUUGCAAACACACACACACACACACACACACACACACACACACACACACAUACACACACACUUGUUUACUCACAUUUAAGAGAGAAAUCAAGGAGCUUACUCAAACAUGCUGAAUGUGCCAUUUUAAUGCAGCUUACAUAUGGAUACAGUGAAAAGUUCUACAUUUUUACCGGUUUCAUAUAUCGGCAUUCUUUCCUCACCAGUAAGAAAGUGAUGCCGAUGAGUGAUAGGAAAUAUUAUUUUCCAAAUUUUCUAAAAUAAUUUUACACUGUUGUUUUUAUUAUAUUUUAUAAUGUUUUUGUAACUGUGUUUUACAUGAGGUGCGCUCUUUUGUACGGUUGUGUCUGUGUCCUUAGUUCAUACUCACAUUCUCUCUUUCUCUCUCUCUCUCUCUCUCUUUCUCUCUCUCUCUCUCUCUCUCUCUCUCUCUGCACACGUUCCAUACGCUCUUUGUACUGCCAUUCCUACACACACAUUCACCCCAGUUUGACCAACCUCGUUGUGCAUAAUGUAAGCAGUGUAAGCUGACCAGCCCUUGUAUCUUUGUGGAUGCACCGUUGAAGUGCUUCUAAGCUCUGAUGGGGUUAAGCAGACGCACGCAGCUGCAUAGUGCUGCUCAUGUAUUACCAUGGACCUGGACCGAACAGAAGCAUCCAUUUGUGUUUUAAAGCAGGAUCUGUACUCAGUAUGUAUGUAAAUAAGAUUUUAUUUGGCCUUAUUCUACGGUCCAUUUAGGCAGUAAGUGUACUGCCCCAGUAUUCUCCUAAAUGCCCCCUGUACAGUUGACUUCCAACUACCCCAGCUGUCACAGCUAUUUUCUGUAUUUUUUCACAAUUUACCUUUAAUUUCUUAGAUUUUAACAAGACUGUUUUAACGGUCUCAUGAAUAAUGUUUUUUUUUUUUUUGUCUGUUGUCAAAUCUAUUUUUGUAUUUUGUUGUUAUUGAUCCCUUCAUUUAAUUUUUCUUUCACCUAAUGGGCAUUUUUGCUUCCUGAAAUGAAAUAUGCAAUAUGAAUUUA